CCUCCUGAUAUUGAAUGUUGCUGAUGAUUAUGAUGAUGAUGAUGAAACAAGUGCCAUGCUUGUGAAAUCCUCUUUGUGAAAAUCGGAUAUCGCAGCUCAACGCUACAAUUAUCCUACGACUACUGCGGAAAGCUUCGAGUCCAAAGACCUGAGAUAGCCCUUGUUAUUCACUGCAUUUCUUCUGAGAUGCGCUAGCGCCUAAACGAUACGAGAUUUCAACCACUGGCUCGACGACCGUUGUCGUCGCCGUGGUUGAAUCAACAAAGUAACACUUAUCGCGUCUCUCCUUACGCCUCCUGCAGUUUUUGAGUUAUUGCAAGCCUCUGUCCCAAGGGAGGCUGCAGAUCUGCCACGUUCUAGGCCUUGCUGCUCAGAUCCAUAACCAUGUCCAAACACUCACGACCUCAGGAUAGCUCCGUCUUAGGGGAGUCAUGGGUCAUCGCGCCGGCACGGUUUGCAAAGGAGCCCUCAGCCAACAAAAACAAAGAAAACAACGACAACAACAAUCAUCAGACUGAGGCUUCCGACACAACACCGCGCCCGACCAAGAGCCACCAUGAGAAUCUGACGGAAUCGAUAUCCACCUCGUGCGAGUCCAUAUCGGGACCAGAUCUUAUCAUGCCGUCGAUAUACGAAGCUCCGAUCUGCGAGGGGUCCUGGAUUGCACCAACUGCAUCUCCUCCACGCGCUCUCCGACGCAGACACCAAGCAUCGUCCCCAUCACCAACCAGAAACUCGACGCAGGGUCCUUCAGCUGUAGCGACAGAAAGCGCGCCGCCCAUGGUCGCACAGCAUGAAACCAUCAAUCGUCGCCCUCUCUUCACUCCUCCCAGUCGCGGGUUCAUUCUGCGCAUAUUGCUGAACGUGCUCCUCAUCGCUGGCAUCUGCCACCUGCUCAUCCUCCCCGAGAUCGUCCAACAACACCAAACCCUCUGCUCCCUCCCGGCCCUGGCAACCCUCUACCCGGUCAGCUGCAUCCCUCUCUACCUCCAGCCCAACCACAUCAACAACAACAGGCCCGCCUCAAUCUCAGCCCAGACGCCCUUGGAGACCCUCCUCAACAACACCCUCCAGACCAUGGCCCCGCAUAGCACGACCCUCAAACACACCGAAUCCAAACUGCGUGACAUCCACCAACUCCUCAAGAAACAGUACCCGGGGAGCAAGCACGAGCUGGACCUGGAAUUCUCCGGCUGCCUGGAAGCCACCCGCACGGCCACCCGGCGCUUCGACUCAUUGCACGCCGACAUCCGAUCGGCAGUGGACAGCUUAAUCGCCGCGCGGGGCAGCGGCAACGGCAACGGCAGCGGUCGCGGCUCGGCGGCGCCGGCGCCGGCGACAACCGCCAACACCUCACCGGACGCGCGUCUCUCCACCACGCAGCUCACGCGCCGGGAACAGUACGUCGAUCAACUGACGUCGCGCAUGCAAACCAAGGCCGACUCGCUGCUGGGGGACUUCGCCACCCUAGACGAUCACUUGGAGUCCAUCGCCGGUGUCGUCAAGCGGGAGACCAAUCGACGGGCGGCCCGAAGGGGAAAUGAUGAUGGUCAUCGCCAGGGUCCGGGGUCGUCGGGGCUCAAAGGCAUGGUCGGCGCAUUGUUCGGGGGUGGAAGUAGUGCGCGGUCGCAACCCCACACCAACACCAACACCAACUCCCCCCACCACCAUCAUGGGUACCCGCAACCUCCCACCAUCUUCCAAGAGGCAGCGACCCGCCAUCAACCGGUCAUGGACGUGAUCAAGAAGCUAUCGGACGGGUUACAAGGCCUCCAGAAUAGGAAAGGGGUCAUGUUUCCCUCUUGA